AUAGCAGCUUCUAUCAGUUUUUAAGGGUGAUGUGAUUGUUGCUGUUGUCUGUGAGCCGCAAAUAAUUAAUUCAAAAAUUCCACUUCUGUUCAUUUGUUAUAAUCAGUGCAAUCACACUGCUGCUGCUGCUUGGAUUAUCAAUUGGCAUUGAAAAGAUGCGCGGCAAUACCUGAAAUGCAAACAAAACGAACGCCGACCACAGUGAGAUUGCAGAACAUAAAGAUCAAAUGAACAACGCAGGCACUGGGGAUGAGGAGCAGUGUGCUCUGCUGGCGGACUCGUCCGUCAGCUCUGGGUCGACGGCAUCUGUCUCCGAUGAAGAGACAGCUGCAAGGCAGCCCAGGAUCAAGCUGCGGGGAACCAUGAAGCUGCAGCGGCGAACGCGCUUGCCUCUGCCAAGAAUUUUGCGUCGGUUUGGAUGCUACACCCUUAUGGCAUUAUUUAUUUUUCUUCUGCUCCUUGUCUACCUGCCAUUGAUGUACAUGGAUGGGCAUAAGCGUCGAGUGGGUUUACCGGACUGGACACUGGAGACCUCCCGGAGCAUAGGCGAUUACAUAGACCCUGUGCAGGAGACAGCGCUGAUUGUGCCGCGGGAAUUUUGUCGGAACAAAACCUUCCUGAUAAUCGCCGUUUGCACUAGCUUAGGCAACUUCAACCAACGACAGACAAUACGCGAGACCUGGGGAAACACUUCGGAGUUUAACUACGGAGCCUUUGUGAAGUUACAUGGUCACCUCAAGGGAAACUACUUGCCACCGAUGACGGCGCGCCUGAAACAUUAUGCUGAGUACCUUAGCGGUGAAGGUGAUUCAUUGUCUGCCUCCGUACGAAUUGUGUUUAUUGUGGGUCGCAGCAAGUACGAAUCCCUUGUGGGUAACGAAACGUUAUCUCGAGUUCACAGCGAGGCGGAGCAGUACAACGACAUUAUUCAGGAGAGCUUUGUAGAUAGCUACAACAAUCUAACACUCAAGUCGGUAAUGGCCUUGAAGCACAUAAGCCGAAGUUGUGCCAAUAGUACCGCGUACUUCCUCAAGUGCGACGACGACACCUUUGUAAAUGUCCCCAAUCUGCUGCACUUUCUGUUCGGCGGCUCCGUUCCGCUGUACAAUGAUACUCUGGACUAUCACGAUCGUUACACAUUCCUUGUGAAGUCGCCGCAGAAUCGAUUGAACGACACGAGCGGGGUGAUGUACGGACACCAGUUCUGCAACGUGGUGCCCGUGAACGAUGUUAGCAGCAAGUGGUACAUGCCCUCCUAUAUGUAUCCGCCGGAGUCCUAUCCAAAGUAUUUGUCUGGAGCCGGCUACCUUCUCUCUAUUGAUGUGGUGCAGCGACUGUACGAGGCCUCCCUGAACACGACGCUUGUGUACUUGGAGGACGUGUACAUUACCGGACUGUGCGCCCAGCGUGCCCAUAUUACGCGACAUCAUCACCCGCUCUUCAGCUUUGCCCACUCAAAGCAUCUGUGCGCCUUCAAGGGCAGCAUUACGCAGCAUCAGGUAAAGGACGACACCAUGGUGGAGGCAUGGAACUAUGUGUCCGACUACAAGAUUAGGUGCCCGCCGCCAGGUCGUUACUUCAACCACAUGCGAUUGCACAAACGCCCAAAUUGUUAGUAAUAGAAGCGCCCAAGACAGGCUUGAAUGACAUUAGAUGUUCUUCUUGCCCCUACUUUUUAAAGACCCAGAAAUACUUCAUUAUUAUUUAUACACGCCGCACAAUUUGUUAUUACUCACAAGAACCCACUUUAUGUUCCUGAAAUUAUAAUUAACAGAAUACUCUAGCACAUCUGACAUGUCCACAUAUAAGAAAAGUGAUAUAUUAACCCCAACCAACCAAUCAACUCAUAGAUAUAGUGCUUGUAUUAUUUUCUACCCCGUUACAUUGAAGAUCGCAACGUUUAUUGAGUUUUUGCUAUUCGCAUCCGAUGUAAUAUUCUUCUGUCAGAUCUAAUUGAUCUAAUCGAAUGUAAUUUGACUGUGCAGAAGCUCCAUUAGUCCAUAUCAACUUUAAAUGUAUUGCAUAUAAGGUAUAUCACAUAAAUACAUACAUGUAAAUGUACUCCUCCGUUCUAAGCUUCCGAUUUGUUGAAUCAAAUAAAACAAAUGUAGACUACACUAGAUGUUUAAGUAUUUAGUUUUAUUAAUAUAAUAGCUUAGAACUUUAAAAUAUAUUUCAUCAAUAUCAAUUAAUAUCCUAAGUACUAAAUAUUUUCUACUGGCUUGCUUUCUUGAUCAGUUUCUGAUUGCAAAAUUUACUCAUAAAUUUUAUAAAUGGAGCAGUCCCAGAUACUCGUACCAUUUCAGACCAUCUUUAGAUCGAUGCCGAACUGCGUGAGCAUUUCGGGAAUAUAACAAUGAAUGAUUAAAUGCAAUACAAAACACUAUCCUAUCAUGAACAUUUGUGUACAGAAUGGAAAGGUAAUCCCAAACAUUAUACCGAUUCUGGUAUGCAAAUAUUAGAUCUAUAUAUGCUACCAAUAGCACUUUAAAUAAAGACAUUUUCUGGUUAUUUCUACAAUAACAUUAUAAUUAAUUCAUUCAGUUUGUACAGUUGUGAAUCAUAAAUCAAAAAAUAUGAACAAAAAUUUAGAAAUAUGUGAUUAUGUAUGUUAAUUGCCAAAUAAAAUUCGUAAAACAAGUUAAA